AGAGAGGAGCCGUCAGCCGACGAAGCCGAAUCAGUGCCGGCACGACGGACGCAGAAGCAUGGCAGGGAAAGCCGGCGGACUCAAGGGGGUCGCCCUCAUCGGAGGCGGCGCCAACAGCACGGUCGCCGGUGCCCUCCACUUCUUCCAGGACCCCUCCACCGGGUACACCGAGGUGAGGGGCAAGGUCACGGGCCUGGCUCCGGGCAGGCAUGGAUUCCACAUCCACGUCUUCGGCGACACCACCAACGGCUGCAACUCCACCGGGCCCCAUUUUAAUCCUCACAAUAAGCCCCAUGGAGCACCAUUUGAUGACGAACGACAUGUGGGUGACCUGGGAAACAUAGUAGCCAACAAAGAUGGAGUUGCAGAAGUGUUCAUAAGGGACUUGCAGAUUUCACUGAGUGGGCCUCAUUCCAUACUGGGAAGGGCAGUUGUUGUUCAUGCUGAUCCUGAUGACCUAGGGAGGGGUGGCCAUGAACUCAGUAAGUCAACAGGAAAUGCAGGAGCUAGAAUUGGAUGUGGUAUAAUUGGAAUUCAGUCUUCAGUUUAACAAGUAACAAUUCCACCAGAAAAAAAAUAGGGCCAAGGGAUUUGUCCGGGCAUAUGCAGAUGGUGUGGAGACAUGGAUUUCAAGACUAAACAUUUUAGUACCCUUACUGUCUUCAGUGAUGUAUACAAUAAUCUUGCAAUCAGAAUAAGAGGAAAAAUGGCCAGUAAAAUCUUGCAAUGAUUUCUGCAUGCCCUCAACAAUGGUAUCACUGCUUAUCAGUAGCAAUAAGCCUAUAUGUAAAACCUUUUUGAGAGGAGCUAUAAGUCUAUAAAGGAUGCUGUUCAAUCUGUA